AUGCUGCGCAAGGCUUUCUAUCCCGAAUACUAUCCUACUACCGAAGUCUCUGUAGGCCCAAACGCAACAGAAAACCAUCGCGUUGAAUUGAUGCACUGGGGUCAUUGUAUCGAGAAUAUCAGGCAAUCCCUGAUGUGCUCAGUUGAUAUCAGCCCCAUUGUGUGGCAGUGGGUCGAUCGGGUUCAGGAGGUUCGGGUUGUGGGGAAUAUUAUCCACACUUGCCGCAACUUUGAUAAGGUUCGGGAUUGGGCAUUGAAACGCCAAUUGACGCAUGAGCUGAAUUUCGAGGGAUUCCAUUGAUGAAAGAGUAAGCGUCGUAGACAGUCCACUUGUGUGUUGUGAAUUGACCCCUUGUUUGUAAACG